CCCACGCCGGGCCGGGCCGGACCGGACCGAGCACAGGCUGCCAUGGGCUCUGUUGGGAGCCAGCGCCUUGAGGAGCCCAGUGUGGCAGGCACACCAGACCCGGGCAUAGUGAUGAGCUUCACCUUCGACAGUCACCAGCUGGAGGAGGCGGCAGAGGCGGCUCAGGGCCAGGGCCUUAGGGCCAGGGGCAUCCCAGCUUUCACAGACUCCACAUUGGAGGAGCCAGUGCCCGAUGACCGCUAUCACGCCAUCUACUUUGCGAUGCUGCUGGCUGGCGUGGGCUUCCUGCUGCCGUACAACAGCUUCAUCACGGACGUGGACUAUCUGCAUCACAAGUACCCAGGGACCUCCAUCGUGUUUGACAUGAGCCUCACCUACAUCUUGGUGGCGCUGGCAGCCGUGCUCCUAAACAACGUCCUGGUGGAGAGACUGACCCUGCACACCAGGAUCACCGCAGGCUACCUCUUAGCCUUGGGCCCUCUCCUUUUUAUCAGCAUCUGUGACGUGUGGCUGCAGCUCUUCUCUCGGGACCAGGCGUACGCCAUCAACCUGGCCGCUGUGGGCACCGUGGCCUUCGGCUGCACAGUGCAGCAAUCCAGCUUCUACGGGUACACGGGGAUGCUGCCCAAGCGGUACACGCAGGGGGUGAUGACUGGGGAGAGCACGGCGGGCGUGAUGAUCUCUCUGAGCCGCAUCCUCACGAAGCUGCUGCUGCCCGACGAGCGCGCCAGCACGCUCAUCUUCUUCCUGGUGUCGGUGGCGCUGGAGCUGCUGUGCUUCCUGCUGCACCUGUUAGUGCGGCGCAGCCGCUUCGUGCUCUUCUAUACCACACGGCCGCGUGACAGCCGCCGGGGCAGGCCAGGCCUGGGCAGAGGCUCUGGUUACCGCGUGCACCACGACGUCGUCACCGGGGACGUCCACUUCGAGCACCCCGCCCCGGCCCUGGCCCCAGCCCCCAACGGGUCCCCAAAGGACAGCCCAGCUCACGAGGUGACCGGCAGCGGUGGGGCCUACAUGCGCUUUGACGUGCCGCGGCCAAGGGUCCAGCGCAGCUGGCCUACCUUCAGAGCCCUGUUACUGCACCGCUACGUGGUGGCACGGGUGAUCUGGGCCGACAUGCUUUCCAUCGCCGUGACCUACUUCAUCACGCUGUGCCUGUUCCCCGGCCUCGAGUCUGAGAUCCGCCACUGCAUCCUGGGCGAGUGGCUGCCCAUCCUCAUCAUGGCUGUGUUCAACCUGUCAGACUUCGUGGGCAAGAUCCUGGCAGCCCUGCCCGUGGACUGGAGGGGCACCCACCUGCUGGCCUGCUCCUGCCUGCGUGUGGUCUUCAUCCCCCUCUUCAUCCUGUGCGUCUACCCCAGCGGCAUGCCCGCCCUCCGCCACCCCGCCUGGCCCUGCGUCUUCUCGCUGCUCAUGGGCAUCAGCAACGGCUACUUCGGCAGCGUGCCCAUGAUCCUGGCGGCAGGCAAAGUGAGCCCCAAGCAGCGGGAGCUGGCAGGGAACACCAUGACCGUGUCCUACAUGUCAGGGCUGACACUGGGGUCCGCCGUGGCCUACUGCACCUACAGCCUCACCCGCGACGCCCACGGCAGCUGCCUGCACGCCUCCACCGCCAAUGGCUCCAUCCUCGCAGGCCUCUGAGCCAGCCCCGCCUACCGCCUGCCAGGGAUGCCAAGGGUCUGACCAGGGGCCCCGAGGCCUGAGGGCCCCUCCCCCGUCCCCACCUCAGUGCCUGCGGGGCCCUGAGCCUCCCCCUGUGCCAGCAGCGCCACCCCCUCAGGGUCCAGCCAUCCCCUACCCUGGACUGAAGUUCUGCAAAGUCCUUCGAGGACCGGAACAUGUUUCUGCGACCCGGGGCUCUGGCCAGCACUGUGUUCUGUGUUUGGUCUCAUACCUGCCUCUACCUUCCAUCUGUGUCCAGCGGCCCCAGCUCCAGCCCAGCCAGCACUCUGCGGGGUCACACGCACUGUGUCCCCACCCAGGAGAGCAGACACCCACCAGAGUGUGCGCGCCCAGUGACUGCACCCCGGCCUUCAUCACCCGCCGGCACUGAUCGGGGCACCACCUGGCCCAGCCUCCACCAGGGACCCCUCCUCAUGAACCCUGGAGCCAUGAGAGGAGAGGGGCAGCCCCCCACCUUGUCACCCUCAGGCUUGCCCCUUCUGUCCUCAUUCUUAGAGACUGCUUCUCCCAAACAAAACACGUUAGCCAUGAAGGAGUCGGAGCCCGGGGUCCGAAUGGACCCGCCUGCGGUCUGUGUCUGCCUCUGGGGAACCACAGCGGUGAUGCCAGCUGGGCACGUCAGGACCUCCCCACACACCCACGUGAUGCCACAGGUCAGGGGGCUGUGCCUGACUAGGGAGCCCUCCCAUUGCCUUCCUGGCCCGUGAUAGAAGAGGGGAGGUAAGUCGGGGGGGCUACGAAGCCAGGCCCCCACACCCUGGCUGAAGUCAGCUUGAUAUAGGUCUUGACCCUCAUCCAGCAAGGGACCCGACAGACCCAAGGGUCCCCGGAACGUAGGGAGGGGCUGGGGGUCCCUCCAGCCUGGGCCUCCCAGAACAGGCCCGUGUGGGUGGCACCCUGAGGUCAGGGGAUUCUAGGGGUGUCCUUCCAGAGACAGCGUUUCCAGGGGGAGGACCGCCCACCCUUCCAGACCCCCAGCCCCGGCUGUGACUGCCCUGUUUCACCCCUGCUGUGUCCCGUCACCCGUCUGUCCACUAACUGUACCGCACUGGCCAUUAAAAGAUGAAGGCAGACCGCUGCACCGCC